CUGACCUCUACCCUCACCUCCCUCGUUCGCUCGUCUCUUCUUUACUCUGGGGUUCUCUGCGGGCAGCCUUGGGCCUGGCUUAAUUUCAGACUAACGAACUUUACGCAAUAUCGCUUGGUCUGGACUGGAACCUAUGCCUCUGGAGCCUGUUCUCGGGGCACUUGUAGAAGUUCCUGCUGGUCGGGGUACCGUUCGCUUCGCGGGGGCAACCUCAUUCUCCGCGGGGAAAUGGAUUGGUAUCGAGCUAUUUGACGGUCAUGGGAAGAACGACGGCACCGUGCAGGGCGUGAAGUACUUCUCCUGCAAACCAAAUUAUGGCGUCUUCGUCCGACCAAGCCAGGUGAAAGUUAUCGCUCCGCCAGAACCAGUACAUGCACCCACAGUUGCGCGGGCGGUCGGCCACCAACGCACCGGGAGUCUUUCGCGCACUCCGUCCGUUCGUUCCAUUCCCUCCUCUCCGCGUGCCGGUAGCCCAGCGAAGCCUUCUACCUCCUCGCUCGGUAAUGGAAGCGCACCACACUCUCCUGCGUCGCGUCCGGCGCGUCUCGGGUCCCCUACGAAACGCGUUCCCUCGCUCACCCUACAACCUCGCGCCUCGCUCGCACGCUCAUCUUCCGAUCUCCUCAGUCCUACCGUUGGCCGUAGCCGGAACAACUCUAGAGAUUCCCCUGUAUUAGAGCCUGCACCUAGACUAUUCCCCAAGUCCCAAGUCACGCCCGGCCAUUCUCCGCCACAACUCUCAUCCUUACGACAUGCUACCUCUCCCAAGCAAGAACCUCCGUCCUCACCCGCUCCGGAGCCUGAAGUUGACCCUGAACCUGUGGCGUCGCCUGAGCCACCCACCGCCAAACCGCCCUCACGUCCCGUAACUCCCAUACGAGUCGUAGAUGAUACCGAAGUGCAAGAGCUUCGUGCAAAGGUUCGCGUUCUCGAGGCGAAGCGUGCGGACGACGCGCGACAUGUGCGCGAACUCGAGACGCGUCUCAAUGAGGCCGAGUCGUUCGUCGCGCUCCGGCCGAAGCUGCAGGCCAAGCUCAAUCAACAGCAGACGGAACUGAUCGCAACGCGACGCGAAUUGGCGGACGCACAACAAUUAGCACAACUGGCAGAGAGUCGCAUUGUGGACACGCAGGAGCAGCUCGAGAUGGCAAUGUUGGACAAGGAGAUGGCGGAAGAGCGCGCGGAAGUCGCAGAAGCUGACCUUGAGGAUGUCAAAGAGAGGUUGGCUAUCGUCGAAGUCGAGCUGGAGGUCGUCCGCGAAGGUGGAGGCGAUGAGGGAGGGGGCGACACCGCCGUCAAGCAAUCUCUGGCGUACAUCCAGCUCGAGAAGCAGAACGAGCGGCUCAAGGAGGCAUUGAUCAGGCUGCGAGACAUCUCUUCAGAGACAGACCAGGAACAGCGCCGGCGCAUUGCGGAGAUGGAGAAGGACGUUACCAGCCUCGACGACUUACAAGGCCAAUACGAGUCCACCCUCAUCAAGCUCCAGAAUGCCGACGUUCAGAUUGAGGACCUCAAACUGCAACUCGAUGAUGCUCUCGGUGCUGAAGAUCUCCUCGUGCAACUCACGGAGCGCAACUUGAUGCUCGGAGAGAAAAUCGAGGAGAUGCGUAUCACGAUCGAAGACCUGGAAUCCCUCAAGGAGCUCAACGAUGAGCUCGAGGAGAACCACGUCGAGACAGAGAAAGCAAUGCAGGAAGAAAUUGACGCGAAGGACGCGCAGAUGCGUGAGCAAGCCCGGAAGAUUGAGGGUUUGGAAGAGGCAUGCCAGGACCUCGAGGGAACGAUCGUUCAGUUCCGCGAACUGGUCCUCCAGCUCCAGACCGAGCUCGACGCGUUGCGCACUGAGACUCAGACGGCACAGCACCAGUCGCAGACCGCAGCAUCACAGACCGCGGCGAUGAUGUCAUUGAACCUCAAACUGCAGUCGUCCGCGUCCAAGAACCAGGCUCGCCAUAUCGACCUCGAGGUCAAGAAGAUCGAGGCACGCGAGGCGCGGGAGCUGCUCAACAUCAUCCAGCCAUACCUGCCGCAGAUCUACGUCGAGUCAGACAUGGACGCAACGAACUGCUACCUAUUCUUCCAGCGUCUCGCGGCAAAGGUCGACCUCAUCAACAGCGUUGUCGCCCAGAUGCACAAUCUGCCGGAGGCACUCAACGGUCCCGUUUCAGAUAUUCUUGUUGGUAUUUGCGAGAUGAGAGGACGAUUGUCGAGUUUGUCAACGACAUGCAAGCGCUUCGCGGCGAUCUUGCGCAAGUGCGACGUAGAGACCUUCCUCAACAUCGGUCGUAUCUUCCCCGAGGUCGCACCAAUGGAGAAGCGCAUCGACAUGCACAUUGACCUGCUUCGCCGUGAGGAGUUCAGGGAGCUCGAAUGCGUUAGCGAUGCCGCUAAGAUACAGUCGCAGUUUGACCACCUCUCGGAGACGUACUUCAACAAUUUCGAGUAUGACCUUGGGGAACGCGAGCUUGGCUACGCCUUGUCGUUCGACCAUGAUCUUGAGAUGUUUGCUGCGUCUGUCGGCCUCAUCAAGACCUCCGUCGCUACCGUUCUCAAGGACAAGGAUGUCGAAGUCAAUCUCGGCAGUGUCGACCCAGAUCAAGACUUCUUCGAACCCCUGCAGAAGCUUCUUGACCAGUCAAGGAGCGCUAAGGUUCUUUCGAAGAAACUCACGAAGCGACUGGAGGACCUCACGCAGGACUCAGUGGCACUGAAGCCGCAUCUCGUGCCCCAACUGCAGGCGCUUAACAACACAGUACCAGAGCUGGUCAACUUCGGUUUCUCUUUGGCGCAACUUGUGAUGCCCCACAUCAGCGACGUCCGUGCAGCCAAGUCUGCGUUCCAGCUAUCUACGGUUCUAGCGUUCGUCAAGGAGAGCGCCAGUUCCACUGUCGGCAAGGGACACAGCAACGACUCUUCGGCCUGGGACUCGGUCAGCGAGUUCCUCAACCACGUCCUUCAAGAGGCCGGUCGUAUCGUUCCCCUAUCCCUCGAAGGCGAGAACACCCUCAAGAUUUCCGGCUCCGCGCCCUGGGUGUCACGUAUCGACGAGAUCAAGGCGGCAACGGCGAUCAACGUCGAGGCGGAGCGCAAGGUCGCGCAGCUGAACGACGAAAUCCAGGCGCUCGCGCGCACGCUGAAGCUCAAAGACCAGGCGAUCCAGGAGACGGGCGUGAAGGUCGAGCUGAUGGAGCGCCGGAUGGAGACCGUGAAGAAGCAGGCGGACGCGAUCACGGACCUCGAGAACGAGCUCUCGAAGGCGCGCAAGCAGGAGCGCGCGUACGAGGAGGCGAUGGAGCAGCUGCAGGCGGAUCUGGACGCGCUCGAGCAGGACAACGCGAAGCUCAAGACCAUCGCGAACAACCCCGAGCGGCAAGCGUCUACAACCCAGGUCGUCGAGGCCGAGACUGUGCCCACAGAGGGGAACCUCGAAACAUCGUAUCUCCUGGAACAGAUCGAUGCGCUUCGCGGCACUGUACGCUUCCUGCGCGGAGAGAACUCGUUCCUCAAGGGCCAGGACCUGCUCAAGGAGAUCGAAGCGCUCCCCGAACUUGCAGAGCCCUUCUCACGCGAACCCACACCGCCGCUUGUGCCCUCUACGCUCUCCGACUCGGAGUCAGACUCAGACGACGAGCCCCGGCCACCGCCCACCUUGCGCGACCUCGCGGUGGAGUCGAAGCUGCUGUACCGCGAGGUGAUCAAGUACACCACGUCGCCGCGCAUCGUCGACCUGUCUGUGCUGCGUGCGAAGCGCGAGGACGGCAGCGGCGCGGCGAAGGCGUGGAUGCCGCGCAAGAAGACACCGGCGUACCAGCUCUUCGAGCGGAAGAUGCAGGGCGAGCGGCUCGGCAAGCGGUUGAAGGGUCUAUUGGAGAUGACGAGCCAUAUCUCGUGAGAGCUUUGCGGUCGUGGUCGGUUUGGAUAGUGCUAUGCUCGCUUCUCGAUAUCCUAGGAAUCGUUUAUUGUUAUACCCGUAUGUCGUUUUAUCGUUCACCAUGUACCUUUCCACAUCGCACCUUCCGAGACUGCAUCAUCAUCAAACGUUCCACAUUUGGCGUGAGCAGGGAGGAAUCGAUAGCAAACAGCAGUCUUACAACAGGUUAGUAUGUGUAGUACAAGGCGGCGAGAGCAGGAAUAGGGUGAUCGAUAAACAAGCACAUAAACAUAAGAAAAUUCACAGUCCUCCGCGUUUUGCGGCUUUCUCUCAAACCUCCUCUUCAUCUUCUUCUGCAGCGAGCUCUGCGUCCGCGGCAGUUCUUGCCCUUUUCGCGACGGCCUCCUCGGCCUCCUGGAACUCGCCGUAGUCGCCUGAGAUCUUCCCCUCCCCGGCAUCCUCAUCGUCCUCGUCGCGGCCGCGUUUCGUGCCCGCAGUACUCGGAGGAGCGGGCUCUUCAGCGUCGACAGCAUCCUCUUGGUACUCGUCAUCCUCGUCGUCCUCUUCCUGGUCCUCUUCGUCAGCAACGGGUCCAGCCUCGCCGCCGAGCAGAAGUUCAGUCAAGCUCGGCCCCCGGGUGCGCCCUGCUCCCUCCUCGGCUUCCUCCUCUUCCUCCUCCUCUACAGCCCCGCUCUCGCCUUCUUCCUCAAACUCGUACUCGUCGCUCUCCUCUCCCUCGUCGAGCUCGGGCUCCUCAACAGGGUCCGCGGGUAGGUUGUUCGACAUGUUCACGUCCGCGUCCAAACUUGUAACAGGGUUUCCGCUCGUGGUUCGCGGAUGGGUGACCGUGCGCGGGGAGAGCGAACUGCCAGCGGAGGGUGUCACCGGUGUGGAGAGCAGAGGCUGGGAGGUGGUGCGGGGAAGGGGGCGCGAAC